CCGCGGGGAGGACGAGGUCGGAGCUGAGGAGCGGACAUGUCCACCCUGGGCUGGUGGCGCCGCCGGGCGCCAGGGGCCCUGUGGGCGUGCUAGACUGUGCACACGGGCUGCUCCUGGGCCGAGCCGUGGGGCCCGAGGCAGUGUGGUGAGGGGAGCUUUGCCUUCUCGAGCUCCUACCCUUCUCAGAGACACCUGGCCAGAGGAAGAGGAACUAGGUCCAAACACUAGGUGGCCGGGUCCAGGUCCAGGUGAGCUGAAUUCCCUUCUCACACUGCCACACUCAUCCUUAGAGUGAACACAUUCUUCUUCAUCCUGACACUUUUCUACUGCAUACGUGUUCUAUACAGCCAUGCAAGUACCCGUUUGUGCUCUCUGAAAACUCACAGACUCUUCCGGUGAAUUGUGUGUUUGCCAGAAAUUCUCCUUGGCCUCAUGCUAUGCUUUUCAGUUUCCUUCAUUUCCCGCCCCCCCCCCCCCCCAACACUCAGUUGCACUUUCAGGCCUACUUUUUCUCUCUUGUUGGGUGAUUAGAGAAGCAUGAGAGGUCCAUCGGUUCUUCUAGCAAACAUGGCCUAGAGUGGGAAAAGAAGUGUAUUCCUGGAGCUCAUAGUCUAUUGGGUAAUGAAAGACUUUGAAAAAAAUAAUUGUACAAUUGAUGUUUUUGAGAGAGAAUAUUCACUGUGGACAGUUAACCUGAAAGAGGCCACAUAGGGCCUUUCUGGAAGGCCAGGGAAGCUCAGGCUGAGCACUGAAGAAGUGAGGAUGGUAGUGUGUUGUGGCAAGAGUAGUCUGAAGCAGAGGGCACAGGGGCAUUUCUGAGGGCUCCAGAGAGAAGAGCCAAAAGUCUAGGAUGCCUGGAGCAAGGAAAGAAUUGAGUGGCGUUUGAUCAAGGUGGGGAAGAGGUCAGUUGGUGCUGUGUUGUGAAAGGCCUUCCAGUGAGUGGUAAGUAUAUGGGCUCAAUAUGAAACACAGUGGGAAACCAUUGAGGUGUUUUAGCUGUAAAAGUAACGUGAGAAUCAGAUUUGUGUUUUAAAAAUACGGUCUGUUGUAAGGUUCUGAAGAGGAGGGUGGAAACAGUGGCUGCAGCAAUAACCAUUUCAGGUCUGGGUGAGAGAUGAUAGCUUGGAUUAGGGUCAGAACAGGGGGAGAAGUGAAGUAGUUGGAUAUUAGAGAGCUACUAAGAGACUCAGUCGGCCCCGUACUCUUCUUUCACACCUUGCUGACUGCUUCAGGUCAGGUGCAGUGAAUCACAUCGUGUGGGGAAGUGAGCAAAAUAGCAAAAGUUGUUCAUUCCGUCAGCAAACAUGGAAACUACCCACUCUGGGACAGGACCAUGCCAGACUUUGUAUCUCUGGAAGUGGGUGACAUAAUCACUGGCCUCAACGUCUGCUGAGUGAGAACUGUAGUUAAAUGAUGAGUAAGAAAACAUGCUUACCAAAAUAGGUGGCUGUGCUGAUGGUGUGUUACCAUCUGAAGGAAGGCUCAUGUGCCAUUCAGGUUGGUCCCUGGGAAUCAUUGGUUUAUGCCUGGCCUCAGUGAGUGCCUCAAGUAUCCAGUGUCUGGUCCUAAAGCCUGUGGACACUCAGAAACCUUAUUUCACCUAAGGACUCAUCCUGUGUUAGUAGAUCCACAUUAAUGAAGCUGGGGAAACCUAUGUAAACCCUACUGACAUAUUAGUUUAUGUUGAAAACCGGUGUGACUAAAGUAUAAUGUUCCUGUUUUCUCCAUUCUGGCUUGUUAGCUUAUAGUGGGAGAUAACUACAGCAGGGACCCAAAUACUCAAAAGUGUGUAUGAUCAACAGAUUCUCUCCCUGUAGACAGACCUACAUGGGAAAUGAAACCAUAAUGAAAAGAUUGCUUGGUGAGUAUGGAAUCAAAAUGAGAGAAGGUGAAGGUUCACUAGCACUGGCCUUUAGGUAGCCUAACGCCAGCAUCUGGUUGCAGUGAAGCUCUUGCUAGGGUAACUAGGACACCAGAGGUCUCCUAUAUCCAGUCCCCUUUGUUCCCAAUUUCCACUCAAAUUAGGUCUGACCAGAGUAGCCCUUUCCUGUACAUCGUUUGUGGCCUGUUUUUUCAUGUUUUUUUCUCAUUUGGGAGAAAAAAAAUGAUCAGCUAAUAAUUGACGUGAAAAUAUGGCCAGGUUAGUCAUACUGGCUCAGAAGACAUUCUCUUUAAAGUAGCUUUAUUCGUCUUGAACUAUUUGGGGUCUGAUCAUUAAACUAAAAUUCUUAGAUACUAUUUCCUCUCUUCUGAAAUUUCUGGGGAAAGCCCACAAGAAUGGACACCAACAAGGAAAUUUUGCUGCAGUGUGGUAAGUGCUAAGCCUUUGUGAUAGAGGUAAGCCCAGGGUGAUGUGGAGAUGAUCUGAGAAGAGCCAUCUAAAAGACCAGAGGGUGGAGGUUGCGGCCAGGAUGGUAGGGAGAGUGGUCAUUUACUCUUUGCUGACAUUGCCAUAUGAAACUGGCCCCCCAGCAGCCCCUGUUGUCCGUAUGCUUCUGUUUGUGAUUAUUCGAACAAGACCAGACACCUAAGCCUACAGCAGUGGUUCUCAAAGUAUAACUACUGGGGUGCUUAUUGGAAUGCCUCUUUAUCCUAGAGAACCACAGGCCUCCUAGAUCGUCACAUCUAGAAAGGCAGGUACAUAUUUCACAAGUACCUCAGAUGGCUUUUGGCACCCCAAGUUUGAGAACCACCACCCUAGAAGGACUUGAGCUGCGGUGUGUACUUGCAGACUCGGAGAACUUGGGUUGCUGAGGCUGUCAGCACUGGGCGUGUCACCGGGAGGUGAGGUAGGACUGGGGCUGGGGCAGCGCUUACCACGUGCAUGCUGAAGUAGAGAAUGUCGGUCUGCAGAGAGAGGCAGGAGAAUGGAGCAAACGAGAAGAGAGAGGAGACCGCACACCAUGCUGUCCCCAAGAAACGAAGAAAGUAACUUCCUCGCUUCCUGACUUUAAAGUUCUCAAUUCCAGCCCCCUCGGAUGAGGUCCCUGGCAUUUUGACUCUGUUCCCGUGGAGAGCUGCUUGUUCUGAAGUUCUGGAAAGGAUCCUCUUCCCAAACAGGUCCCUGAGUACUGACUGUCACAGCCUGCCGCGUCUUUCCUGUUGACUCAUGUUUGGUUCCUCCAGUGAAAAUCUCACUUAGAAAAAUGCUGCCUCCAAAGUACUUGUCUGCCACCAAACCCAAGAAGUCUUGGGCCCCAGAUGUGCAUGAGCUAGACAGUGACUUGACUAAGGAGCCGGAUGCCACCAUAAGAGAAGGUGCAACUGACCCUGAAUUCUUUCAUCAGAGGUUUCGGAAUUUCCUCUACGUGGAAUUUGUUGGGCCUCGGAAGACAUUGUUCAAACUCCGAAACCUCUGCCUCGAUUGGCUGCAGCCAGAGACUCGCACCAAGGAGGAGAUUAUCGAGCUCUUGGUCCUUGAGCAGUACCUGACCAUCCUUCCAGAAAAGAUCAAGCCUUGGGUGCGGGCAAAAAAGCCUGAGAACUGUGAGAAGCUAGUUACUCUGCUGGAAAAUUACAAGGAGAUGUAUGAACCAGGAGAUGACAACAACAGUGACCUCCGCAGCGAAGACAGCAUGAGCCGGAAGGGAGCAGAGUCCCCACCGCCACGUUCUGCGUCAUCAUUCUGCAGUGACCGGGACCGGGACUGGGACCAGGAGUGGGACCGGGAGCGAGACCGGGACUGGGAUCUGGACUGGGACCGGGACCGGGAGCGGAGAGGCAGGAGCAGAGACCUGGGGUCUCGGGACCGCUGGCCAUACCCCAGGAACCCCAGAGGCAGACUUCCUCAACGGGACCUUUCCCUUCCUCUGAUGGAGAAAACAACUUUUGCGACAGAAAGAGAACGCAAACGUAGGGAUUCUGUGAUGGAUUAUGAGUCAAGAUCCCAGGAUGCCGUGUCAUACCAGGACGUUGUGAACCUGACCGAGGACAGGAAACCUCAGAACCCGAUUCAGGACAACAUGGAAAACUACAGGAAGCUUCUCUCUCUGGGGGUUCAGCUUGCAGAAGACGACGGCCACUCCCACAUGACACAGGGCCAUUCAUCGAGGUCAAAGAGAAGUGCCUACCCAAGCACCAGUCGAGGUCUAAAAUCUAUGCCUGAAACCAAAAAGUCAACCCAUCGGCGGGGAAUUUGUGAAGAUGAAUCUUCCCACGGGGUGAUCAUGGAAAAAUUCAUCAAGGACGUUUCGCGCAACUCUAAAUCAGGACGGGCAAGGGAAUCUAACGAUCGGUCCCAGAGGUUCCCCAGAAGGCCAGACAAUGAUUGGAAGGAAGUUUCGUUCAACAAGAGGGAGUCGGUGAUUCAGGAGAGAGGCUAUGAAGGGAAUGGCUUUGGGGGAGGCUUUAAUUUUAACUCGAGUCUUGUUUCCAAAAAGAGAGUUCUUGAAAGAAAAAGGCGCUAUCAGUUUGACACAGAUGGGAAGGGUUCAGCUCACGAGCAGAAGGGCUAUGCACGGAAGAGACCUUUUGAAUGUAGUGAAAUGAGAAAAGCCAUGAGCAUGAGCAGCCUUAGCGCCCCCUCCUUCACUGAGUCUCAGCCACUUGAUUUUGGGGCAAUGCCCUAUGUUUGUGAUGAAUGUGGGAGGUCUUUCAGUGUGAUUUCCGAAUUUGUCGAACAUCAGAUCAUGCAUACUAGAGAGAAUCUCUAUGAGUAUGGUGAAUCGUUUAUUCAUAGUGUGGCUGUCAGUGAGGUUCAGAAAAGUCAGGCUGGAGGGAAACGCUUUGAAUGUAAGGAGUGUGGGGAAACCUUUAAUAAGAGUGCCGCGCUUGCCGAACAUCGGAAAAUUCAUGCUAGAGAGCAUCUUGCAGAAUGUAAUGAUGAGGAGUAUGAGGAGCCAUUCAUGCCUAGCCCAACCUUCAGUGAGCUCCAGAAAAUAUAUGGGAAAGAUAAAUUCUAUGAAUGUAAGGUGUGUAAGGAAACCUUCCUUCAUAGCUCUGCCCUAAUUGACCACCAGAAAAUCCAUGGUAGAGAUGACAAAGAUAAUGAGCGUGGGGAAGGCUUUAAACCCAGCCCACCCCCCAAUGAUCUUCCGAAAACGUAUGGUAAAGAGAAAAUGUAUGAAUGUAAGGUGUGUGGGGAGACCUUCCAUCACAGCUCAUCCCUGAAAGAACAUCAGAAGAUCCAUACUAGAGGAAACCUCUUUGAAAGUAAGGGUAAAGUGUGUGAGGAAACAUUUAUUCCUGGUCAGUCCCUUAAAAGGCGUCAGAAGACGUACCCAAAAGAGAAGCUGUAUGACUUUACAGAUGGUGGGGAUGCCUUUAGGCAAAGCUCAGACCUCAGUGAGCAUCAGAAAAUUCAUUCUCGAAAGAACCUCUUUGAAGGCAGGGGGUACGAGAAGUCUGUCAUUCAUAGCGUGCCCUUCACUGAAUCCCAGAAGAGUCAUACUAUAACAAGACCACCUGAAGAUGAUGAGGACCAGAAGGCGUUCACCGUCAGCUCUAACCCUGAUGACAACCAGAAGGUUCCUCCUCAAGAAAACGUCUAUGAGAGGAAACCAUAUGAGAGGUCUGUUAUUCAUAGCUUAGCCUUUGCUAAGGCUGAGAAGAGUCACAGUGCAGUGGGGCCCAGCAAACCAAAAGUGAUUGCAGAGUCUACCAUUCAAAGCUCAGGUGUUACCGAACAUCAGAAAGCCCAUGCUGGAGAGAAUACCUCUGAAGGAAAGAAAUACGAGAGGUCUGUUAUCCAUAGUGUAGCUGCUUUCAAACCUCCCAAAAGUUGCAAUGGAAAUGAAGUCGUUGAAUGUGAAGAGAAGGGAGAAUCCUCCACUUCUGUUUCAGACCGUCAUGAUAAGCAACAGAAAACUCCUGCCAGAGAGAACCCUAAUGAAGGGGGUAAGAAUAACAACUACAAGGACUCUGUCAUACAAAGUGUAUCCCAUAUGGAAUCUCAGAAAAGUCCAACUAGUCAGGGAUCCAGUGAACUUAAGAAGGAUGGCGAAUCAUCUACUCCCACCUCAAAUGUCCGUGAACAUCAGAAGGCUCGUUCAAAGAAGAAAAACAUUGAGCGUAGGAACUAUGAGACCUCUGUAAUUCACUCCCUACGUUUUGGUGACCAUCAAACAUUUCGCCCUAGAGAGAAAUUCUAUGAAUGUCCAGAGUGUGGAGAAUCUUUUGUUCGUAGCUACGACCUCACCGAGCAUCUGAAGAUUCACGAUAGAAAGAAGCCCUCUGGAAGUAAAAACUACGAACGUUCUGUAAUUCGAAGCUUAGUCUCUACUGAUCCUCAGACGAGUUAUGCUGAGCAGCAACCACAGACAAGUUAUGCUGGACACUCAUCACAGAUGAGGUACUCUGACCAAGCAGCGCAAACGAGUUACGCCAAACACCCAGUGCAGACGAGUUACUCUGGAAUGCACAUGAGUUACGCUGUACAGCCAGGGCACGUGAGUUACACACAGCAAGCAGCACAAACGAGCUACAUGGUGCAACCGACACAAAUCAGUUAUGAUGAGGAGCAAGCGCAGACAAGUUACGCUGAACAGCAAGUACGCAACAGAUGCAGGGAGUGUGGGGAAUGCUUUGCCACCAUCGGAGACCUUGGUGCACAUCAGAAAAUCUAUGCCCGAGAAGAAUUCCAUGGUCGGAAGCUCUUUGGAGACACUGUUAUUCAGGGCAUAGGCCUUGAAGGGCCUCGGCCGGAAGAGCCUCGGCAGAAUGAGCCAGAUGAGCAGGACGAGCAGGACGAGCCUGAAGAUGCAAUCUAUGGCUGUAAGGACUGUGGGCUAGGCUUUGCAGAUCGCGCAGACCUUAAGGAUCAUCAGAAAGUUCAUGGCAGAGAGUAUCUCAUCGAUAGUCGUGAGUACACCCAUUCUGUAAUCCACACCCAUUCUGUCAGCGAGUAUCAGAAAGAUUACAUUGGAGAGCAGCUCUAUGAAUGCCCGGCAUGUGGGGAAUCCUUCGUUCAUAGCUCAUUCCUUUUUGAGCAUCAGAAAAUCCACGAGCAAGAUCAAUUUUAUGGCCAAAGAAGGUAUGAUGAGCCUUUUGUGCAGCCCCUGGUCAUCAACCCACGGAGGCCUCGUGCCCCACAGAAGAAUCCCACUGCAGGAACAUCCCUUCAGUGCCACGUGUGCGGACAAGACUUCAUUCAUGGCUCUGUCCUCGGUGAGCAUAUGAGAAUUCACACCAGAGAGGAUUUACCGGAACAGGGCCAGAGAAGUGAAGAUGCAGUGAGUCCAGGCUUAGCCCUUACUGAGUUUCAGAGAAGUCAAACCGAAGAGAAACACUAUGAAUGUAAAACAUGUGGAGAAACCUUCCUCAAUCAGUCAGACCUUAGGGAGCACAUGAGAAUUCACGAGAAAGACGAGCCCUAUGAUUAUGGGGCCUCUUUUGUUCAUACUUCAUUUCUUACUGAGCCCCCCAAAAGAGAUUCACCAUUCUAUGAAUGCAAGGACUGUGGGAAGUCCUUUAUUCAUAACACCGUUCUCACCAAGCAUCAGAAGCUUCAUCUUGAAGAAGAGGAAGAAGAAGGAGCCCAGGAGGUGGAAGCCAAUGUCCUUGUUCCACGAGAAGUGCUGCGGAUCCAGGGGUCAAACGUAGAGGCUGCCGAGCCCGAGGUGGAGGCUGCUGAGCCUGAGGUGGAGGCUGCCGAGCCCAAUGUGGAGGCCGCCGAGCCCAAUGGAGAGGCCGAGGGACCAGAUGGGGAGGCUGCAGAGCCAGAUGGGGAAGCCGAACAGCCCAACGGAGAGGCCGAACAGCCCAAUGGAGAUGCUGAUGAACCAGACGGGGCAGGGAUCGAAGACCCAGAGGAAAGAGCUGAAGAGCCAGAGGGAGAUGCUGAUGAGCCAGAUGGGGCAGGGAUCGAAGACCCAGAAGAAGAAGGCGAAGAUCAAGAGAUUCAGGUUGAGGAGCCAUACUACGACUGCAGGGAAUGCGGAGAAACCUUUGCUUCCAACUCUGCCUAUGGCGAGCACCUGAAAACCCAUGCCAGGGUGAUAAUAUUUGAGCCUGGAAAUGUCUAUGGGGAAAGCUCCCGCUACACUGAACAUGCCAGCACCAGCACCAGCGACAACGACAGGGCCGAUGACAAGUAUUUCAAGUGUGAUGUCUGUGGGCAGCUUUUCAGUGAUCGCCUGUCCCUCGCUAGACACCAGAAUACUCAUACCGGCUGAGAACAUAAGUAUAAAGGUUAGGAAACCUUCACUUAGAACUUGACCCUUACUAAACCAGAGACUUCAGACCAAUCCAUAACAAUGUCAGAAGAAACUUACCUUGGCACGUACACACCUGACUUUUAACAUCAGACAACUCAGACUAAAAAGAAACCAAAGGUGGAAACUGCUUUGGUCUCAGCUCUCCCCCAUCUAGCUCUCCCCCAUCCAGCUGUCUCCCAUCCAGCACCAGUGUGUGCAUAUGGGAAAGCUCUAGCACAUACCUUGCAUCUGAGUGACCUUAUUGAGGGAAAACCCCAGGGGUUUUUGAGACUACAGAAAUCGCCCAGUCAACUGUAAAUGACAUUUCUGUAACCUAUAUAUAAUGCUCCCUGCAGUGUAUAUAAAAUAGCAUAUCGUAGCAAAACAGUAAUCACAUAUCUUUGGAUUUGAUAUGAUAUACAGUUACAGUUUACUGUGCAGAGGUACCUUACCUGGUACUCGGAUUUUUUUUUUUUUUUUUUUGGAGGAGGAAGAGAGCAACAAAUUAGAAUAUAUUUCUAAGCAUCUUAGAUUCUGAGAAAGACUUCUUGUGCAUUAUUUGGACCCCAUUGGUAUCGUUUCGAGUAAUUGUGUGUCAUUCCUUACUCUUAAGUAUUCCUGUACAAGUGUAAGCAUGAAAGGUAAAAUGUCUUUUAUUCUUUGCUGUUUGAAAAGAGAAGUGUUUUGAACUUCCUUUUCAGCCAUUUCGUCGACACCAACACUUUGGAACCUAAGGCUGUGUAAGCCUUUACAGUAUGUGGAUUGGCCUUUUGUGACCCAAAGUGGUUGGUUGCCACAUUGUACCUUGCAGUGGUUCUCAUGCUAAAAUAUUACAAGUUUUGUGUUUUUUUUUUUAACCAACCUGAUGUGUGUUUGAUAAUGAAUUUACAAAAACUGAAGCUUUUCCCUAUAAAUCCUACGUUUUUGCCUUUAAAGAGUGGGUUGCAACCAUCACUAGAUCACAGUAGUGCCUACUGACGGUUGAGAACCAGAGGGAGAGACUUUUGUGUUGUAAAUAAGGAUGCAGGCUAACAACUUCCAUCACUUCCUUUGUGCGCUUCCUGCCUUAAGUGACAAGUAGCAUCGUGGCUUCAGUAGUGUGAACUGCCACAAGUCAGUCUGCACCCUGGGUGCCCAGGAGCUAGUAUCCUUAGAGCUUUCUAUCGCUUACCUGAUUUCUUGUCUUCACCUGUCUGACCCUCCUCCCCCAUGUCUAACUUAAAUUUUAAAAAUUAAAAAAAAAAGCAAAAAAACCCACAAAAAACAACAAAAAAAAGCUUUCUUUACAGUCAACUUAAGCUUAACAUGGACUCAGGUUCCCCAGCAGCCUUAAUUUGUUUCCUUACCAUCUGUUCCUCCCUCUUGCAGCCCUUCUAAGUAUUUCCGAGCUAUCUAUCCACUAGUGUCACGUUUGUCGGAUCACCUCAGUUUUCCAUUUAAUCACAAAUUGACCUCAUAGCUUGAGGUUUCCUGUGUCCUGUUCUGUGGACCACCUGUACUCCUUUUGCUUCCCCUCCCCUUGCAUAAUGACUAUUAAAUUUUUUGGCUUUGAGUUGGCUGGAAAAAAAAAUUAAAAAAAAAAAAAACCUUAGAAGUGGAUCUGUAGAUUAAGUGAGCAAAAGACAACAGCAGAUAAUUUGAGCAAGCAAAAUUAACCUAUGUGCUGGGGGAACGUGUCUAAAUCUUCCUCUCCUAGAUCUGCGUGGUUAGGGCUUGGGGAAUGUGUGUCAGAGCUGCAGGGAAUGCCAAAGUUGAGGAAGGCUGUAGGGUUGAGAGCACGAAGCAGAAAUGAGGAAGCCAAAGAAGGAAGUCCUAAUACAUCGCCAGAUCUAGGAGGGUGGGGAAGCAGACAGAAGGAAAAAUGGGAAGCAGGGCUGGGAAGCCCAGGUUGGUGGGAAUGAAUUGAGCAGGAUGUCCUGGGCAGUGAAGAAGGGGCCUUUUUGGUAUAGGUGAGGGCCAGCUGCAUAGAAGGACCUGAGGUUGGAAUGGACAGCCAAGAAAACAGGAGAAUCGAGGCCCCGCAGCACAGGAGGGGGACCCUUUAGAUGGGAACCAGCGUUAUGUUAUCAGGGUGAACUUGGGUUGAUCGCUGUUGGCAGUAUUAAUUGGUAGAACCUUUUCAGAAAACAACUUGCCAAAUGAUAGGGUGUCCAUUCCAAUCUCAUGCUAGUGAAAAAUUAGGAAUGACAUAAAUGCCAAAACAAUAGGACGAUUACGUAAAGGUAUUCAUGGACUGUAUGCAGCUGCUUAAAAAUGAUAAUCAAGAGUUAUGUAGCAACGUGGAAAUAUAUUUACGGAAUAUUAAGUGGAAAAAGCAGGACACAGAAUUAUAUUUAUACUACAAUUAUAACUGAUUAAAAAUGUAUGCUUAUAGUCAAAAGCUGUUGUGUUGUUGUUGUUGUAGGCUAAUAGUUGAGCAUUAUUUUCUUAAAUUCUUUGAAUGUUCUUUAUAGUAGUGUUACUAAAAAGUUUAUAAUCACGUUUCCAUUGUGAACAUAAUUUGAACACAUCAUCAGACACUUGGAAAAUACAGAAAAGUGGAGGAAAAAAAAAUCCAUAUUCCAACCUUCCAAAGACAGAUACACACUCUUCAGCAUCUUGUUUAUUCUUGUUUCUGUGCACAGGUUUAUGAUUAUAACUGUGUCAAAACGUGUAUUCAGAAUAGCUGUUAUGUUACCUUUGUGGAAUUAUGGUUAAACACUUUCAUCUUAAUGUUUUCAAAUGUUCCUUAUGAUAGUGUUCUUAUAACAAAGUUUAUUAUGUUUGUUUCCAUUACAAGCAUAAUACAUACCCAGAGGAAAAUUUGGAAAAUAUAGUAAAUUAGAAAAGAGGAAAAAGUCACCCAUAUUCCCAACACCCAACAACUACUGUUAACAUCUUGAUCUAUUUCCUCCAUCUUGUUUUAGUGCACAAGCUUGUGAUUAUAACAGUGUUAAAUAUGUAUGCAUAAAGUCUAAAAUGAAAAAAAUACUGAAAAUAAUUGAAAUAGUGUUGUCAUUGUGGGAUUAUGGUUAAAUAUUUUGUCUCAAAUUCCUUGAAUGACCUUUGGUGUUUUGGUAUUAAAUCUUGUGUAUGUAUUUCUCCAUUACAAAUAUAAUACAUACUCAUAGCAAACUUUGGAAAAUUCAGUAAAACUAGAAGAAAAGUAAUUCACCCAUAUUCCCAACACCCAGCAACAGUUGCUGUUAACAUCUCGGUCUGUGCACCAGUCUAUGAUAAUGAGGGUGUUAAUGAUAGGUAUACAUAGAGUCAAAGAUGGGAAGAAAUAUGGAAAACAAUUAAAUAGUUGUGUGGUCGUUGUGGGAUUAUGGUGAAAUAUUUUGUCUUGGUUUCCUCGAAUGGUCUCUUAUCAUAGUGUUUUGGUAAUCCACCUUUAUUACAUAUAUACCAUUAUAAACACUGUAUGUGUUCAUUAUAGAAACUUUGAAGUUACAGAAAUGUAGAAGAGAAACUCACCCAUAUUUUCACCAUCCAAAGACUGUGGUUAACAUCUUGAUAUAUUUUCUUCAUCUUGUUUCUGUGCACAGGUUUUUGGUUUGUUAAUAUGGUUGUGGUUGUUCUAUCUAUCUGUAAUAGUGUCAACAAUAAAAAUAAAGUUAAAAAUAA